ACACUGACCUGGAAGUUGCGCCAGGCUGGCAUUAUUCCCGAAAUUGACGCGCCGCACCUCCCACAUCACGACGUGCCGAAUUUUGUGCAGUUCACUAUCCAUCCAAACACGCCAGUGCGGCAGUACCUACUCAGGCAAGCGGGCGUGCCCGAGUCGCGCUUGCAGCGCCCCUUCCUUACCAUGAUCGAGAAUCAUCUCUCUAUCUCGCACGCGGACAUUCGGAGGCUCACGGACACGCCGCCCGAUUUUGCCUGGGACCACCCGCAUCCCCAGGUCGACGCCUGGCACGAGUACGUGAAGGAGCUGGUCACGCCGGUCGAGGGGGAGGAGGCUAGCGUCACAGAGGAUACCGUCCUUGUGAUGAACACUGGCGCGCACUGGUCCCGCGGCGUCCUUUACAUGCUCAGGAAGUGGACGGACGAGGAAGUCGAGAUGCAGAAGCUGCAUGAGCUAUACCGGGCUAUGAUGCAACUCCAUAUUGACCGCCUUGGCCCCCUGAACCGCCUCACCAUUUUCUUCCGCAGCACUGCACCCGGACACCCUUCCUGCGAGCGCCGCCUGGCCCCCUAUGCUGACGGCGCUGACGCGCGCGAGAAGGAGAAGAACAUUCCCGAGCGCAUGAUGGCUGUCACGGACGAUGAGGCCAUGAAGUCUACCCGCCGGCGCUGGGACUGGGAUCAGUUCGCCGUGCACAACGAGUUCUGGCGCGAGGAGAUCAAGAAGCUCAUGGAGGGGAGGACGAAGCAGCUUCCCAGACGGGACGAGGAGGCCGUGGAAGCUGAAGACGGCGCUUUGGAGACCCGAGCAGCGAUACCCUCACGCGAUUCAGGCGCGAAGUGGUAUUAUCUGGAUAUUUACGAGCUAUCGCUGCAGCGGCCAGACGCGCACGAUAGCCCGGGCGUGGACUGCUUGCAUUGGUGCAUGCCGGCGGUCCUGGAUGAAUGGUCGAGGUUGCUGUACCAUCAGCUCAACAUGAUCGAGCACGGCAGCGAGUCAUGACAGUACUGCCAUCUUUACCUACACGACGACGCCAGCGGACCAUGCGCGCGGUCCGCUCACCACAUUCUUGACCCGUCCCCGUCCCAUCUUGAUUUAUCCCGCUGCGCUCGGGAGGCUCCAUACUCACGAAAUAUCACUGAUCGCUCGCCGCUCGCGCGCUAGUCUCCAGAUACUUACCGUUGUCAAGGGAACUUAGCAGCAGUCUAUACGACAUACCACCGCACUACAGAGUACUAUACCAGGGCACAGGGGGUAGCUUGCAUGGAUCCUUUGGGCUUGGAAAAGUCCACGGAAUCUAUGCGGGGCAGAUGGGGCACUUACAUGUACGUUAGCCCUUACAGUCACUAUCCGGCGAGAUAGGGCAGUAAUCAUACCGCUAUCAUUCUCUUAUUCCCGGUCGAUGGAUGCUUUCAGUGCAAAGGGCAUGCCGUACUUGCCUUCGUAGGCGACAAUGCUUGCUUACGGCUUGCAGGUUGAGCGAACCCAAGCUCUCGAUGGACUUCAGCCGCGGGAUGCCACAAUGUUGUACUGUUGAUUGCAUUCCAGCUCAAAAUGGUGACAAGAUCAGAGGGUGGCCCAUAAGGUUCGCAGCGGCUGGGCAUAUGAGCUUGAGAAAUUUAAGACCACAAUACUUUCCUAAAUAGGCAAGCCUUUAAGUAAUCCGCAUGCGGAAAUUCGG